AUGUCGUCGCGACGUGAUUCCUGUUUAAGAUUUAGUAAACCUCACCACUCUUGGAAAAACUUUUACAAAGUUGAAGGUGACCCUAUUGGACGUGGUUAUGCCGGGAAAGUUUACAAAAUUACUACUGGUAACAUGGAGCUACUGGAUCCUUUGAUAGUGACGAAGUCUCAGCUCACAGCAACAAUGUAUUCAGAAAGUGCUUAUACUGAGCCCGGAGAAUAUUUAGCUUGCAAAGUCAUCCGUAGAUUUCGUGGAGGAAAGGAUACUAUUGCAAAAAUUACCUCUGAAGUUCAAGCUAUGGUCAGUUUGCAAAGAGAUCAUCUUAAUACUUAUCAUAACUCUGUGUAUAAUAAACCAUCUGAAAAACCUUCCAGAAUUUGUAACCAUCAAGUUCCUCCUAAAUCAGCCUCACCUAAGCUGUUUGCAGUUUAUAAAGACUCAAUGGAAGUUGCUAUUAUCAUGGAGUAUGCUAGUGGUGGAUCUUUAUACGACUUGUGUAGAUCUGCUUACCCAUAUGACUUUGCUGCUAGUUCACCCAGUUCUCCUUGUGGUGAUUUAUCCGUUCCUAAUUCUGGUGUUUCUAAUUCACACACAACAAUCCCACAGUCGAAACACCCUGGUUCAUUUGAUGGAUUGUCUGAAUCAUAUAUUCGUCAACUACUAAUCAGCAUCCUUGAAGCUUUGGUCUACAUGCAUGAUACUCUUAGGAUGGUUCACCUAGAUGUUAAGGCUGAAAAUCUUUUACUGCGUCAACCCUAUCCGUCUACUGAUGUAUUUUUCACAGAUUUCGGUUUAGCGACCAUAUUAACUGAAGGUAAACAACAUCGAGAGCUUGCAGGAACUCCUGAUUAUGUUGCACCGGAAAUUAUUAACUAUGAUCCUAUCACAUUUGCUACAGAUAUGUGGUCUGUUGGGGUUCUUACAUAUUAUCUACUUACUGGAAUCUCUCCAUUUCUUGGUGAAGAUAAAUAUAUCACAAUGCAAAAUAUUACUCAUAAUACAAUUACGUAUCCUGAUUCCCUUUUUAAUAAUCGUUCACCCGAUUCAAUUGACUUUAUUCAGCGCCUUCUACAACGUUCACCGACACAACGUAUGUCUGCCAAAGAAUGUCUCAAUCAUCCUUGGCUCCUCCAGUCAUUAAAUCAACCAAUCAUAAUCGAAACAGAAAUUAAUCAUCAAUCAUCACAAACCACAUUGUAUAAUAACAAGAAUAGUAGUAGUAAUGAUGAUAAUGUGAAAUACGCUAUUGAAUUAUUCAGUGUAGAUCCAGUUGUUGAAAUUGUUGAUGAAUUUAUAUCACCACAUUGUUUAGCCCAGUUUAUAGUACAAUCUCCUGUAUAUAUUGUUCCAUAUGUAGAUGUUGUUAGUCAAACAAAUUUUUCUAAACUAAUGCCUUCAUUAAAAUUAUGUGUUAACUAUCUUCCUAUUAUCAACUCAGCAGCAUCUACACAUUUUACCUCUUCAAUAAAUAACCACCCAUCAUCAUCCGAACGGUUUAUUAGAAAGAUAUCCAAAAAACUAAUUAAUGGACAUUUCAAUCUACUUAAAAGUAUUUCCGAGUCAACCAAAAUUUGUUCAAGUAAUUCGAACAAUGACAAUCGUUAUGUUGAUACUGACAAGUGUUAUCAGUUGAUGAAUAGGCAUCCCAUCGGUAUACAUGAUGAAUCAAGAUCAUUAACCAGUUAUUCUAAACUAUCCAUCAACAACUUGUCAAAUUCUAACGUACUUGAGUAUAAUAGUUGGAGAAACAACAAAUCGACUGGAAAUUGUGUAUCAAUUUUUUUAUUUAUUUCAAAUUAUUUACAAGAAUAUCAAUUAUUCUUAAUGUUUUGUGAUUUAAAUUAUUAUAAAUUACUUGAUCGUGAUUUUUAUUUCUUUAACCGUCAUAAUACUACUAAUAUUGUUGAUAGUAGUAGUAGUAUCAAAGAGACACUUAAUACAAAUGCUGAAUUAUUUGUAAAUUUUCCAUUGUCAAGCAAAAUUCACCACCAGAAACAACAACAACCUAAUGAAAAUGAUAUAACUCAAAAUGUAAUGAAUAGAAAUUAUGAAAUGAAAGAAUUAAUUACAAUAUCUAAAUAUACUACUGAUAUAAUGCCAAAAGUAAAUGAAAUUAUUCCAAAAAAAUUUAUAAAUUCACAUAUUUCUACAAUUCGUAUUGAAUUAAAUUCAUCAAUAAAAGAAAAAUUGAAGCUAAUGAAUUCCUCAGAUGAUCAUUAUAAUUUUAAUCAUAAAAGAGACUAUUUGUCCUAUGACUUUUCAUGGAUUAAGCAUAAUCAUAAUAGUGGAAAUGAUAAUAAAGCAUGGAAUUUAUUCAAUUCUCCUCUAAUUACUUCAUCUUCAAUGUUGUUUUCUUUACGUGAUCAUCAUCAUCAUCAUAUUCGAUGUAAUUCAAUCAUUAGCAAUCAACCAAUUCUCAACAUCAACCAAUUCAUCAACUGUUCAUUCAAUAAUUAUGACCGCUACCAAUUAAAAUGUCAUUAUCAACAAAACCAUACAACAAUUAUGAAAUUGUCUAAUAUUAGUCAAAUUAAAUAUAUAAAUUUACCAUUAUCAUACAUAGUACAUCGUAUACAAUUAAUUAAGACAAGAUUAUUUCAUGAUUUAUUCAAUUGGAUUAAUUUAUUUUUAAGAAAUCUUUUACAUUUAUUAUUUUUUUUAUUACCAUCAUUAUUUGGUAAAUAAAUUAAGAAAAAAAAAAUAAGAAGAGAAGAAUUUUGUUGAAAAUAAAUGAAAACAAAAAAAAAGAAAAAAAAAGUGGGGCAAGGGGGGUCGAGGGGAGGAGGCAUCAUUUUAUCUUACAUAUUAAUGAUUUCAGUCGAUAAUGAACUUGAAUCCGUCCAAUUUCUUGUUCAUUUAUUUUUUUUUACGUUAAUAUGUAGUGAUAAUUUUUCGUUUUCGUUCGUUUUUAAUCUUUUUUUUUUUGUUGUUGUUUGUUUUUACUCAAUUCGUUUCUUUCUUGAUCUGUUAAUAUGUUUGUGUACAUGUUCACUUUCGACAAUAUUCAAAAUUAUAUUUCGGUGGUUGAAAUCAAAUGAAGAAAAAAAGAAGAAGAAAAACUUUAAUAAAGAAAACUAGAUCUCUAGAAGAAAUUAAAUUGUAUAAAGGGUACACUUAUUUGAAACAAGUUUUGUAUGAUGUUUCUGUUCUCUCUCUCUCUCUCUUUCCCUUCCUUUUUAUGUAUUACCUGUUAUAUAUUGUUCAGUUGAAAUCUACUAUACUACAAUUGCUUUUUUAGUGUCUAUCGAAUUUAAUCAUUUGAUUUAGUAAUAGACGAAUUUUCAAGUUCUUGAAUAUCGAGUAAUUCAAAUCGCUGAAUUGAUCCAUUCAUGAUAAACAAUGUGUAAUCUCUCAUCAUUUCGAAUAAAAUAUUAUUUAUGAUUGAACGGAUGACUUAAUGCGCCAUAAGCAUACUGUUUUUGUCGGUUUCAUUUAAUGACAGAUCAUUUUUUUUCUUUCUUUUCUGUUUGCCUAUGUAUGCUUUUUCUAAAAGACAUUCUGAUACUACUUAUUUCUUAUAACAGCAUAUAUAUAUAUAUGUGAUAAAUAACUGCUCAAUAUACUUGUAUUUUAGGAAUUAAUUUUAAUUCUAUGGAAAAUGUUUAAUGGAGUAAUUCAAUACAUAUAUGAAGUGAU